CCACGAUGCGAUUUCUCUUUGGAUUCGUCCCUCUGGCGGUCGUCUUCCUUCUUUUCUUUGGGAGCGUUCAGGCUCGGAGGGGGUCUUUUCCCCUCAAACGCGCUACACAAAGCGGGAUCUGGAACGUGCGACGACCAAUGCACAGCGACUUGCUCGUGGUCUUCCUCCUAUCAGGCCAAAUAUCAAGGAUCCUACCAGUUCGUCAAUUUUGUUUUUUCUUGUACUCUUAGCGCUUACGCAGAUGAUGAUGAUGAUUGUUUUUAUGUAUCUCCUGCCAUUUCACAAUGGGCUCACUGCAGGGGUAUUCUGGGCCCGCGCUAGACCAUCGCCACCACCCCCUCCACCUCCACCUCCACCUCCACCACCCCCUCCACCACCGCCACCACCACCACCUCCUCCAAAGAGGAAAGGUAUUAUCAAAAUUACCAUCAAGCUAAACGGGACGACUGUUGGAUUCCUUAAUGAAUUCCUUUCGCCUCAGGGCACACUGCAAGUCACCCCUCAGCAGAAUAAAUCGAUGGUCAUCGAAGCCCAGAUCCCAAGCAACAGUUGGAAACGUUCGAUUGGUUCGCAGGCUGGUCUGGUGCCGUUUUACAUUCAGAACGGGAACGCAACAGGAGGGGUUAUCGCUGCAGUCGCUACUAAUUACACCGCCAACAACACCAUAUUCGCACCCGGAAGCAACGAUACGGGUGUGCUUGGAGCUUCAACAAACGAUACAUCGACUGGGCCAAGCACGUACUCAAAUGCCACUGGGAUCAACGCACCUCACCAGCCUGAUAUUUGGAACGUAAGUGCUACUGAUGGCACUGUCAAUCCAAUGUGGGCGAACGAUAAUGGGACUCUCACCCCGUUGGAAGUCCUGUAUGUUCCACCCACCGCUAUCGUUUUGACCGGAGCACGUUUACCGGGCCAACCCCCCUGAUUCCGGGAGCAACUCAACUGCAAUUUUCCUUUGUAGGACAAUGAUCUCCUUUCUGCUUCCCCACUUCCGGCUUCUGAUAACGAUGGGGCUCCGGAGCGAGUAGUGUAGUGGCUUCCUUCUCUUCUUUUUUUUUCUUUCCACCUCCACCGGCUCCAAGACCAUUGCCAAGUUCGGAUUUGGAAAUUCUCGGAACCAACCAACUGCUUUUUUUUGGUGACUUUUUCGCUAAAACGGAACGGGAACGGGAACGGACCGCGCAAACGGGGGGCUCUGACGCGCCCCC